GGCAUUUAAUGGGGAAAAAGAGCACUGGAGAUUCUCCUUAUGCUUAUGAAGAAGAAAACAAAACCCCAUUUUCAGCAUUACCUGAAAAUAUCAAGCAGCUGGAAGACUACCUGCAGUGGGAAGAAAUCUCCAAGUAUUUGCUACGGUUGCUGGAAAGGAGUGAAAAUAAAAGUGCUCAUGUCUUAAAAGGAGGGCUUCCCUGGUAUGCCAGGAAUACCUGGGACACAGAUGACAACAGCAGCUGGAAAAAUAUGAUGGACUAUCUGCUUCAAGUUGUGAAUAUGAAAGAGAGCACUCCAAGCUGAAAGAAGGUCUCUAAAUCAUGAAGAAAUGGAAUACUUUCCAUAAGAGACUAUAUUUCGCAAGCACUUGAUUGUAUCAGAUAAUCAACAAGGUCUCUUUUCUGUAAACAAGAUUUCCUUGGUGUAAAAUACCUAAAUACACAUAUUCUUGUAUGUUCAGCAG